GUGGCGGGGGGGUCUGUCCGUCCGUCGGUGUGAGGAGUUGCACAACAGCACGGACCGAUGUAACUUGUAAGAAAGUGUUCAAAGCUUUCAAGCAGGACGUUACUUACUUCAUCUUCAGUAGUUGGUGGGUGUGAUGCCACCAUGGAGGCGCAGAACAACAACCAGCCCACCUUAGACAACCACAACAAUCUCUACAAGAUACCUGGUCAAGAGGAUCAGAAAAAUGUGCCAAGCUGUAAGUACUGCUGCACCCUUGCAAACUUCCGCAUUGAAAAGAAGAUUGGUCGGGGCCAAUUCAGCGAGGUCUACAAAGCCACAUACUUGCUGGAGGGACAGCUGGUUGCACUCAAGAAAGUUCAGAUCUUUGAGAUGAUGGAUGCAAAGGCUCGUCAGGACUGCGUCAAGGAGAUAGAUCUUCUAAAGCAGCUGAAUCACCCUAAUGUAAUCAAAUACCUAGACUCCUUUAUUGAAGACAAUGAGCUCAACAUUGUUCUGGAGCUGGCAGAUGCUGGAGAUCUGUCCCAGAUGAUAAAGUACUUCAAGAAGAAGAGGCGACUCAUUCCAGAGAGGACUAUAUGGAAAUAUUUUGUGCAGCUUUGCAGUGCCCUGGAACACAUGCAUUCACGCAGAGUAAUGCACCGUGAUAUCAAGCCAGCGAAUGUAUUCAUAACAGCCACAGGGGAGGUAAAGCUGGGUGAUCUGGGAUUAGGUCGCUUCUUCAGCUCUAAAACGACGGCAGCUCACUCCUUAGUGGGAACACCUUAUUACAUGUCACCAGAGAGGAUCCAUGAGAAUGGAUACAAUUUUAAGUCAGAUAUCUGGUCCCUGGGAUGUCUUCUCUAUGAGAUGGCAGCACUGCAGAGUCCAUUUUAUGGGGACAAGAUGAACCUCCUCUCCCUCUGCCAAAAGAUUGAGCAGUGCGAUUACCCACCUCUCCCCCCUGACCAUUACUCUGAGAAGCUGAGGGACCUGGUUAGCAUGUGCAUCAGCCCGGACCCAGACCAGCGGCCGGACAUUGUCUUUGUGCUGCAGAUUGCCAAACAGAUGCACAUGUGGACUUCCAGCACCUGAGCACAGUAUCUGCUCUGAGCCCUCUCUCUGCUAUGCCUGAGGAUCUCAAACCAUGCUCUGCUUGUCCUGCAGAAAAGUGUUUGCCUUGCCCUCAUUUCGACAGGAGGAAACCAUGGAAAGACUUGAACAAGUGGACUGUGAUGUUUGGACAUCUAAACACCCGCUUGUUUUUUUUUUUUUUUUUCGUCAUGGAGGAUGUGAAGAGGUGCAUUUGUGGUGUAGUGCUCAUGGAAAGUGGAAUGAAACCACAUUUAUUCAUGUGGGAGGCGCAUUUAUCUUGUUUCGCUAAACACAGAGAGCUGUGUUUCACUACUAUCACAGAUAUCUCGAAGCUUUUUUCUUUUUUUAACUCCACAGGGGUUGCAUUCCAAUCUCAUACACUUUGUGACAGUUAAAGUGUGUGCAGUAGAACCGAGCAAUGAGAAUAUUUAUCAUCUGUCGUCUAUCGUUGUUAUCAUAUACAUUUUUUAAAAUGAACUUUUUAAACAGACUCAAUUUAAGUGCAUCAUUUAGCAGUCUAAAUGGACAGUAAACAGUAAACACUUAUUAGCAAGUAAAAAGUCAUAUUGGUUCCAGAUUGAUUUCUGAAAGAGUGCAGCUUGGAACUGUUAGCUUGCAAUGCGUCUACUUGUUUUGGAGAUCAGCUAGAAUCAGGUGCAAGCCAGAGUGACUGUGGUGGUUUCUAGCUUCUCAAGGUCAAGACAAUCAUUUCAUCAUUUCAUUGAUUUUCUGACCACAUGGGGGUAGCACAACACGCUGUAAACACAUAACAUGUUUAUAAUAAAGUUGCUCUUGUGAACAUGUUAGAAAACAGCAUCCUAUUUACAUGUAUAAGAGACACGGAGGAGCGUUACGAUUGGAGCGAUUUGAGUCGCAUUUAUGGAAGAGAACACAAAUACAAGAAAAUAAAAGUGAAAUGCCAUGCACUGUGGAGACAAAAGGACACCUUUAUGAAUGAGAGCGUACAGAAGAAGAGCUUUGCACAUGGAGACUGAACAGGCCAAAAGAAACUGAGGAGAAACACCUGUGGAAACUGCAUUUCUUUACUGGUUGUUUGGUAAGUCGUUUUAUUUAGUAUGUGCAUUUGUGUUUGAAAAAGCACAACAAUUGUGUCCUCUUGGAUUCCUCUGUGGGAGAUAAAACGUGAUUAAGUGCCCUCCAGGGUGCCUUUCCAGUGGAGAAAACAUGGUUAAGUAGAUCAGCGGUGCAGCAUUACAGUCGCUAUCAGAUGGCUGUGAAACAACAGUAAACAGAGGGAUUAAAUGGAGUUAUCUAGAUGAUGAGGUGAUGAGAAAUGAUAUUUAUUAUUGGUUUCCGUCUGACUCAUUUUUAGAGAAGGAUUUCUCAAAGUUAAUGGAAAAAGAACAUGAUAUUUAGAGUGGUUUUUACACAGCCUGUCUACUCGUUAUAUUUAGUAUUACUCAGCUUGUGAGAGUAGUUCGAUGUGCAACAUUAUAAUGCGGCUUGGGAGAAGCUUUAUCAAAUCUGAGCAAAUAGCCCUGAGUGAAGCCUUGCAGCUGUGAGUCAUUGUGAUGUCAGAAGCACUCUGUCCUACAUUUCACAAAAUGCAGGACGGAUUGCUUCUGGAGCUUGACCCAUACUUACAAGUCCAGGUAUUUCAGGCUCUGCUGCUUCAGUUUUCACCAUCCAACAUUUCAAAUAUAUUUUGCAAGUCCACCAACAUUAUAGGAGUACAAUAACCAUUUGAGGAAUGAUCACACUGUUACCUCUCUAUUGCAAGACUUGAUUGUCUGUGAUAUUUAGAUAUAAAGAAUUCAUAAUCAUCACCUACCACAGCUACUUGGCUUUUGUUUGUCUGGAUGUGUGAAAAGGGCUGGACUUCAGUGUUCAGUGUUGCCAAAGAGUGUGUGAACUAAACAACUGUCCUUGCUCCUAAAUGCAAUACACACAAACUGUGCCAACCUCUGACUCCUAUAACCUCGGUUAUAGCUGCAGAGCUGCCUUUGUAUUUAUGCAAUGUCAUUAAAGUCCCCAUUGGUGUAAUGUUCAGGUGCCCUAAUACUUUUGUCCACAUAGUGUAAAUGAGAAAGGGUUGCUGGGUCCUGGUAGCACCACUGACAAGCUGACAUAUGUUUAAUUGGAUCCAACUACUUCAAAUACAUUUGGAGGUUGUGUGGCAGUUUCCAUAUCUGAGAUCCUUUCACCAUGGCUGUCAUCCCAUUAUGACUUAAGAUACUCCAAAAAAGGUUGAGGCCACUGACAGUAAAACAUACAUCUGAAAUACAGAGUUGUGAUCAAUAGGACCCUAGUGAAUACCGUCCUGUUUUUUUCUGGAGGUACCUGGGAAAAAAAAUGACAAAGUGUGUGAAAGACUGGACUACAGCUGGAAUGCUGUGUCCAAAAGUGAGCUCAUAAAUAGUGGGUUAUUGGCAAGCGCCGUUCAGUAGAAUCCUUGUGUUAGCCCAAAGAAAUCCUACACUGUGCCCAGAUUCUUAGGGAGCCUUAAUAACAGAGUUUUCUGCAUCUCUCAAAUUGAUAACUAACAGAUCACAAACUAAGGAUAUAAAAAGAUUGCAGGGUCAUUAAUGCUCUUUUCCAUGUUUGCCCGCUUCAGACUGCCAGUGAGCUAUCUUUUGUGAAUUUGCUGCCCUGAAAGGAGCGUACCUUAUAACAGUUACUUAACAUUAUUUUAUCCACUUGUUAAUGGCAACUUGUAUUCUCUGUAUAUCUUGUGUCUUCAUUUUCUAGCUACUGUAUUUGUGCCUUUCCACUCAAAGCAUUGUGCCGUUAUGUUUGUACCAAGUGUACUUUUCUCUGCUACAUGACAUUAAAUUUAGCUCUGUGUGGAAGCACUGCCAAA